AAUCUCGAGUCGGCAGCAUCUCGCGAGCACAGCUUCUGCUUGUUUGUCGCGCGAACUUGGUCGUUCUGCAACUGACUAGCCUCGUCGUCGCUGCGCACUUUUGGCCGCUUGUGGUAAUGGCUGGCGGAGGAGCGCCAUGUCUUCAAGUUUUUCGAGUGGUUGUGGCCCUUUUUCCUGCGUCCUUUUUCGACGUUGAAUCGCCGCGCGCCGUUUCUGUCUCUUUCUCGCCUUCUGUCCCUGUCGCAGGGAACCUAGCCUCCGUGUUCCGCGCGCCCUUCUCGACGUCCGAGAGCUGUUGACUCAGACACGCGCAGAGGUCGCGGCCUGCGGUGCAUCGACUGUGUGUAUGUCGUCCCGCGCUGGCGGCGCAACGGCAGACAACACAACUGUCACUUUCUUUUGUUUUCUGUGUAUGACUUAUACUGGCUAGAACCGGACACUUGAGAGCCUCGCGUUCCUCGCAGAAAGCGGCUGCGCUGACGCGCGCGCCUUCUCUGUGGCCGCAACAGCAGCCUGGGCUGUGCCUUCUGUCAUCCUCGCUUGGGUUUGCCGUGAGUAGUCCUUCGACGUUCUUCGCGACUAGGAAUGGACGCGACAGGGAUCUUUCUGACGCCGGGUUGUGUCUGAGCAGACACUCUUUUCGGCGCGUAGGCGCCGACAAAUUGCCUGCACGGUGUGUCCGUCGUCGCUCGGCUGCGUUCUUCAUGGUUCUUCGCCGUUCUUUUCUCGAAUCUGCCGCUUCCCUUCUGGUCUUCUCUCUCCCGUUCUCUUCUCCGACAUCUUUCCUUCGUUGUUCGCUCAAAACCUCGACGCCCUGCGUGUACAACGCUUCCUCGGGUGUCUCGCGCGUUCUUCCCGCCGGUCGACUCGACGCAACUCUCCCUUUUUCCGGUUCGAUGCUGUUUUUUCAGGGUGUCCGUGACCUGAAAGAGAGUUCGCUGCAACCGCUCCGAGUCGUUUCCCCUGCAGUCGGAACCCUCGCUGGGUUUACUCCGUAAAUCCCUCGUCCGUAACGUGUUUCCGCACCAAAGCAGAGACCGCCAGGAACACUAUGGAGGACUGGAAGGAGCAGUUUCGAGUCGUGCCGCGUCUCUUCCGAGACAAGUGGGCGGCGGGGCUGCUCGACUACGUCGUUCGAAGUCCAGGCCUUCUCAUCUCUUUUCUUGUGCUCGCAGUCGGCCAGCUUUUCCUCACUUUCUUUUUCCUGCAGCUCUUCCGCGCGCCCCUGCUGUUCACCUGGUGGCAGCAGACUUCGUCGUUGCUCUGCGCGUUCGUUCUCGGCGAGUUUGGCGCGUCCUUCCACGAUUUCCGGUACUUUCCGCGUCUCCAGUUGCCGAGCACCCAGUCCUUUCUUGACUUCCUGCCCUGCUCGCUGUCUUACUGCCUGUUUAUGCUCUUCUCCAACGUCCUCAUUUCCCAUAUCCCGAAUCCACUGUACCUCCCGGUCGUCUCUGCGGUUGCCGUCGGUCUCACGCAGGUCUUUCACUUCUUUGGCUGCUCCACGGCGCCUGAACCGACCCCUCUGCGUGCUCUCUCGGUGAGUCUUCUUGUCUUCCCCGCUUUGAUCUGCUGCGUCGUCUCGGGCUCUCAGUUUUUCCUCUUCGCGCUGCUCUCCACUGCCGCCACCGUUCUCUUUCGCGCAUGCUUCUUGCCCAAGGCUCUGCAUGCAGCGAGCGGCCGCGGAGCCGAGUUGAACCUUUGCCAGAACCUGACGGGGGCGCUGCUUCUCUCUCUCCCGGCACUUCUUGUCUCCGACUGCCCCCCUACACUCACGUUCUCGCCCUUCUCCCUCGACCUCCGGAACUGGCAAGUCGGCGGCUGCUGGGUCGCGGUGGCAGUUCUGCCAUUUUUUCGGAACGUCAUAGGAAACCGUCUGAUGCGGGAUGGCGGCGCGGAUGUCUGGAGAGCUGCGGAGAUCCUCGCGCUCCUUCUUGCGAGCUUCGUCGCCGCCCUGUUCCUCCCUGCCAGCCUCGCGUUCUGCGCGACCUACGCGAUGGUUCUCGCUGGCCGCCUUCUCGGGUGUCUGGACAGCCUGGCGGCUGACGAGAAGCGAGGACACCUGCGGCGCGCGUUGAUCCGUGAGGCUCCGGACUCCGAAGACGAGAACAGUUGCUCAGACGAGCCUGUGCUGUUUGUGUAUUCCGACGGCCCGGCUACUUCCUUCGCGCAGGGUUCGCCGUCGGAUCUGUGGCCCGACGACGAAGACAAGGAAGUUUUCGCCGAGCGCCGCGCUCAGCUCAUCGACAUUGUCCACGCCUACGUAACGCGAGUGCACCACGAGGACGUCGACAUGAUCGACGAGAUGGGCGGCGUUCGGGCAAUCGCCAGCGCGCUCGGCUCGGACCUUGCGGACGGUUUGCCGAUUCUGAAGCGACACGACUCUUCCCUCCGCGCCUCCUCCUUCGACGGUGCAGCCGCCAUUCGCGAAAGCUCUCAGGGAUUUGAAACAGUCGUGGUGAGGACGCUUGGAAGUCUCCAGACGGGGGAUGCGGCGACGGGGGUCACGCUAGGGCGCUCGGAGACUCGAGAGGCGCCGCAGCGCCCCAGAUGUCUCCAGACCCGGCCAGCAGGCAGCGACGCAGAUCCCCUGACGGGUUUGGCGAGUCAGGAGUCGUGGAUUACUCGGCUCUUGAGGCGCAGCAUAGGAAGCGAGCAGGGUGGGGACUUGGUGCAGACUCAGCAGCGGCGAUUCGGUGUCAAUCGAAUCCCGCAUCGACCGCUGACUUCCUUUUGGACGUUGUUGAUCGAAGCCGCGAGCGACGCGACCCUCCGAGUGCUCAUGCUCUGUGGGUUGCUCUCCGUCGUUCUCGCGCUGCUCUUCUCGAAGGAGCCGGAGGUGGAGAUUCUCGAAGGCAUCGCAAUUUGGGUCGCCGUGCUGGUCGUCGUCGUCGUGACGGCGGGGAACGACUGGAUGAAGGAGCAGCAAUUCGCGAAGCUCUCCGUCGUGAAGGACGACAAAAGGUGCACAGUCGUUCGCAGCGGCCACAAGGAGCAGAUCUCCGUGUUCCAACUCGUUGUCGGCGACGUUCUACACCUCGAGGCUGGCGACGAAGUCCCUGCAGAUGCCCUCGUCGUCCAGGGUCGAGACUUGACUGUCGACGAGAGCUCGCUUACUGGCGAAAGCGAUAUGAUUCGAAAGGCGCCUUUCCAGCAGUGUCUCAACGAAGCGCUUUCGCGAGAGACCGCCUUCAGCAGUGCCCUCGACAGCGCGGAGAACCUGCCUGCGCCUGGCUCUUCCGUCGACCACCGUCGUCGCUCGAGGGGUUCCUUUGGAGCUCCAAGUUCCGGAGCCCCGCUGCAGGCGCAAACGUGCACAACUUCCAGCGCCUGCGCAGACACUUUGAAGAGCGAAGGCGGCGUCUGCAGGCAACUCGAGUUGGCGCGCCACCACGAAGUUGCCUCGCCUGUGCUUCUCUCAGGGACGACGGUGAGCACAGGGAGCGGUACGGCGCUCGUCGUCGCAGUCGGCCGGUACUCGCAGGUCGGCCAGAUGUUUCAGAAGCUUGCGUACGACGCAGAACCAACGCCUCUGCAGAGGAAGCUGAACGCGUUGGCCGAGGACAUCGGAACGUUCGGUUUGAUCAGCGCGGUGGUCGCCUUCUUCGUGCUCCUUCUCGAGUUUUGGGUCAUGUACUUUCUCCAGGAUCCGUCGAAGCGGGAGUCCGCCGUCGACGUCGUUCACGACCAUGUCGAGUUCUUCGUCACAGCGAUCACGAUGCUCGUCGUGGCUGUGCCAGAGGGUCUGCCUCUCGCUGUCACGAUUUCGCUAGCCUACUCGAUUGGACAGAUGCUCAGAGACCAGAACUACGUCCGGCGCCUCGCUGCCUGCGAAAUCAUGGGCGGCGCAAACGAGAUCUGCAGCGACAAGACCGGCACACUCACGAAAAACCAAAUGACUGUCACACAGUUUUGGGAUGGCGAGAAGACGUUCUGCAUUCCUUCGUCUCGUGGUGAGCAGACUCCAGGAGCCGAUCCUCUGUCGAUGGCGGCGGAAGGCGAAGACGUCGCUGACGACAUGUCUCUGCAUGCACAAGACGCCAGCCGGCGCGGAUACAUUCCCCUGUCCGCGCACUCCACGGCGGCCUCUUCUGCUUCGCCGCACUUUGCGAAGUCGAGCUGUGGGGGCGCUGCUGUCUCCGAGGGCCUCGCCGAGUUGCAGGAGAAGAACUUCAAAUGGGAGGUUCUUAUGCAGGCGAUUGCGUUGAACAGCACGGCGUUCCUGGAGACAGAGGAAGUCGUUGUGGCUCAAGGGACAGGCGAAGAGACGCGUUUCACGCAAGUCAAACAUGUAGGUUCCCCGACAGAGUGUGCUCUUCUCGCCUUCCAAGAUGAGCACUGUGGCGGGGACUACGCGUCGACUCGUCGGCUGUAUUUGGGCGAGGACGAAGUCGAGCUGAUUGCCCGCGAGGACUUCUCCAGCGACAGAAAGAUGAUGACGUCCGUCGUGCGUAUCCUCAAAAACUCAGGAGACUCCACAGGAGAAACGUCGCCUGCCUCGCCCGGCCUUCUCCGGGUCUUCGUCAAGGGUGCCGGCGAACGCGUUCUCGCGCAGUGUUCCUCUGUAUUGGUUGCAGACCAAGUCAUCCCGCUCACCCCGGAGAGAAAGGCAGAAGUCGAGAAGACGGUCGUCGACGCGAUGGCUGCCGAGGCGCUGCGCACGAUCUGCCUCGCGUACAGAGACAUCGACCCGGAGAGAGAACCUGACUGGCGGGAGCGCUGCGCCGCCCCACACCAGAUGUUCAUGAAGGGAGAGACGCAGCUGACGUGUCUGGGGAUCGCCGGAAUCGAAGAUCCGGUACGCGACGAAGUCCCAGGAGCGGUCGCGCAGUGUCAACGCGCAGGCAUCAAGGUCCGAAUGGUGACGGGAGACAACAUCAUUACGGCCAAGGCGAUUGCGAAGAGGUGCGAGAUCUUCCACGAGGAGUCUGGGGGACUCGCGAUGCUCGGCCCGGACUUCACGCGAGCAAUUGGCGGAGUCGUCUGCCAGACUUGUCAGACCGAAGUGUGUGCAUGCGCAACGGACGCGAAGACGGCGGAGGAGCAGAACAAGCCUCUGCGAGUCGACGUCGUUCGAGACCUCGACGCCUUCGACAAGAUCUGGACGCGUCUCGAGGUCCUCGCCAGGUCGCAGCCGAGCGACAAGUAUGCGCUUGUCACUGCGCUCAAGCAGAAGGGUCGCGUUGUGGCUGUGACUGGCGACGGGACGAACGACGCGCCUGCGCUCAAGAAGGCCGACGUCGGCUUCGCCAUGGGCUUGUCUGGCAAAGAAGUCGCGAAGCAAGCUGCAGACAUCGUCAUGCUCGAUGACAACUUCACCUGCAUCGUCAAAGCCGUGAAGUGGGGUAGAAACGUCUACGACAACAUUCGCCGCUUCCUCCAGUUCCAGUUGACUGUGAACGUAGUCGCCGUGGCGCUGACUGUCGUCUGUACGGCGGUCCAGCGCGAGGCGCCUCUCUCAGCUGUCCAGAUGCUCUGGGUGAACCUGAUCAUGGACUCCUUCGCCUCUCUCGCCCUGGCGACGGAAAGUCCCACCGAUGACCUGCUGAACCGGAAGCCUCAAGGCAGAGACAGCUACUUGAUCUCGCGCUCCAUGCUCACCAGCAUCGUCGCCGCGUCGAUCUACCAGCUCACAGUGAUGAUUGGACUGAUCUUCUUCGGCGAACGCUUCCUCCCGGAAACCAAGUGGACCUUCCUUUCAGACGAAGAUCGACGAAACCUUGGCUUCUGCGAAUUCUCCGACUGCGACUUCGGCAUGUAUACGGGGACUCGAAUGCUGUCGGGUCGCCGCUACAAGCUGUUCUCGACUGAGGACGACUACAAGCUGGAGUGGCUGAGAGAAGUUGGGCCUUCUCGCCACGGGACCUUCGUCUUCAAUACGUUUGUGUUUAUGCAAAUCUUCAACACGAUCAACGCGCGAGAUGUCGACGACACACAAAUCGAGAAAAGCACGAGUCUCUCCGCUGCCAUCCUCGGCAUGGUGCGAAACCCCCUUGGCCUGGGCAUCUGGGUCCUCAUUGUCUUGGGCCAGGUUCUCAUGACAGAAUGCGGCGGCCGCCUUCUCGGCUGUCACCAAGAGGGACUGAACAGAGAACAGUGGAUGUUGAGUCUGCUGCUCGGACUGGGCGGACUGUUGUGGGGGCGCCUGCCUCGUGUGUUUCCUUCGCUGUACAAGCUGGCGCCGGAAUUCGGCAGUCGCGAGGAGACGCUCGAGGAGACUCACAGCCUCGCGUUGGAACUGCGAGGACGGACGCCCGAAAGAAUGAACGAGCGACUCGGCCUCGCGAGUUACACGUUCGCUAAGAAGUAUGCCAAAAAAGCGAGACUGAUGACUCUCAGUCGCCUCCGGACGCGACGCCUGGAGGGCGGGAGAGACGGCAGAGGCCGCGGCGUUUCUUCGUUCGCCGGAAUCCGCAAUCGAGGAGCCUCCAGAGGAGACGCUCGCGUUGCGCCGAGACAGAACAAAGCCUGUUCCCCUCCACUCAGUGACGCCAGGGAGGAGGCAUGCAUAGAAAUGCAAUGAUUCCAACUCAGAGAGAAGAGAGCAGGAAGGGGAGGGAAGAGAGCACAGAGAGAGAGAGUCAGACGAAUAGUUCUGUGACUGGUGUAGCCAGAGAUAAAGGCAUGAAGGGGGGCGACACAAAGAGGCGGAAACCAGAGGAGGUUCUGUUGGGAGCGCAGCCUCAGGAGCUCGAGGCAGUUGCGAGUCUCUUCUGAGUCGAGGAGACCCGCGAGACGACAUCCACUGCGAAAAAAGCAGAGAACCGAGCAUGGAUGCAAUAAGACGCGAAGAUAAGAAACUCAGAGAUGCACACGAAAGAAACGUCUGAGGGAAAACACGCGCGAAAGGGGACAGAGGCGAGAACGCGACAAGGGGAACGGAAGAGUUUUGAGAACAGGGGCGCGCGAGGGAGAAAGAUUGGGAUUUCUCUCUUUCACCGAUUGCAAAGGGCUGUGUUUGCCCCUCUCGUGAUCGACUGGAAUUCUUCCUAAGUUUCUAGCUCACAUAUAUAUAUAUAUAUAUAUAUAUAUAUAUAUAUAUGCGAAUUUUCACAUGUGCAUACUUAAGCCUUCUUCACUCUCUUCAUACCUGUAGGUCUUCAUGUAUGUGCCUUGGGGUCUCUGCAUGAAAUGGAAACAAAUACCCAUCCAUAUAUGUAUGCGUUUAUAUCUAUACGAGUAAACAUACAUAUAUUUAUAGUUUUAGUAAAUACAAAACUAGACCUACACACACAUGUAUAUACUUUAUAUAUAUAUAUAUAUUCUUGAGGGUGGGAUGGCAUGUUGUGUGAGGGGAGAAAGAAGUCUUAUCGGUGACAGUAGGAUGCGCGUCCGUAGAUGAGAACUUGCUGUUCCCCAUUUCAUGGAUUUAUCUUCCGUUGUCUUCUUUCUUCUAUGAAUGCGUGUGAGUCCUGACAAAUAGGAUAAACGUGGGGGCACCCCAGAGUGUCUGACCAACGCAAUGCAAGCUUGUCGAGUCUGCAUGCAGUCCAACUCUCCAAG